AUGCGACCAGACACUCCCCGCGCCCCGGUCACCGGCCCCGACUCCGGGCCGUCGUCCCCGUAUCCCAUCCGCCUGUCCGGCCCGGUGAUCAAAGGGUUUGGGCGGGGCAGCAAAGAGUUGGGCAUCCCUACCGCCAAUAUCCCGGCCGACGAGCUGGCCAAGUAUCCGAAUCUGCCGGUGGGCGUGUACUACGGCGUGGUGGCCCUGGAUCCCUCCCGAUUCGCCUCCCAGGAGCCCAUCCUGCCCGCCGUGCUGAGCAUUGGAUACAACCCCUUCUACAAGAACGAGACCAAGUCGAUUGAAAUCCACCUCAUGCCGCCGCUGUCGGCGCCCUCACCGACUGCCACCGUCGAUGGCCCCGUCACCUUCCACAAACUGCCCGAUUUCUAUGGCACCCCCCUUAAUCUCCUCCUCCUGGGCUACAUCCGCCCUGAGUUUGACUAUGUGUCGCUGGAGGCCCUAGUCGAGGACAUCCGCGUCGACUGCGAGGUGGCGCGCCGCAGCCUGCAGCGCCCGGCGUAUGCCUGUUAUCUGGCCGGCAAGGAGGAUGAGGCAUGUCCGGAGGAUGUAAGGGGGCAGAUUCGCUGGCUGACCCGGUUUGAGUCCAUGGAACGUCUCCGCCAGCACCUUCGUCGUCGCCGCAGCAGCGCCUCCAGCACCACGCCGCUGCAAUCCCCGCCGACCCUGUCCGCCAGCGAGAAGCGUCGUCGCGAGGCUGAGGCCUGCCCGCCCCGGCGCCUGUACCUGACCUCCGACUCCCCCGACUUCGAUCCCGGCAUCCUGUCGCGUUUCCGCGCCGAGGGCUUCAACGUCGAGUAUCUGCCUUUCCCCGGGGGCAGUCAUGAUGACCUGGACCGCGAUCGCAAAGAGCUUGAGAAUCUGCUGCACGAACGAGAAGAUGAUCUCGAGCCGGGGGAGCGAUACGCGGUGGUUGCAUACAACAAACCCGCCCACCUCCUCCUCGAAUCCCAUCACCAAUCCUCCACCGCCACCAACCCCUUUCCCCGUCUCUGCGCCCUAGUCGCAUACUACCCCGACGGCCCAACCCCUUCCAAGUACAUCUCCACUUCCAUAACCUCCACCACCUCCCCGGAUGCCUCGACCACCUCCUCGACCACCACCCCAACCACCUAUCCCCCCUCGGUGCCCCUUCUGUCCAUCCAAGUUCACCUCGCCGGCGCAUCCUCCAAGACAAACCCCUCCACCGAUGCCAUCCAUACCCGCAAACGCCACCGCUGCCACUUCUUCUUCUACCCGGAGUCGUCCGCCCGCUUCGCCGAACCGGGCUCACCCUCCUACGACCGCCUCUCCGCGCGGCUGGCCUGGUCGCGCGCUCUGGAAUCCCUGAAGCGCGGGUUCGGGUGGCCCGGCACGCGGUGGCGCGUGGCCGAGGUCGAAGCCGUCUGGGAGGAGUACUGGCGGUGUUUAUCAACCCCGGCUUCGACCUCGUCUGCGGGCGAUGAUGCUGAUCCUGAUACCAGGGCACGAGAUGAGGAAGAUGAGCGCAGUCGUCGCGCGGCGGAAAUCGUGGGGUUAAUGGUGGGUAGUGGGAUGGGCGUGCAGCUGGAGAGUCUCGCUCUUGAUAACAAUUACAGUGGAAGUGGAAGUGGAAGCGGAAGCGGACCCGGAAGUGGAAGUGGAAGUGGAAGAUCGCCAGGUGGUAUCAAUAAUAGUACUGGGAAUGCCACUGAGACGUACACAGUGGAGGAGAAUCCCAUGGUGAAUUGUGUGCCUACUUGUGCUGGUGCAAACACUCCCAAAUCCCUUACCAAAUUCUACACCUCUCAAUUUCUCCCCCUCUCGCCUCCCACCCUAACCAUCCGCCUCCUCUCCCGCACCACCGGACCAGACCGCAUCGUCGACGAACUCCUCCUUUCCUUCACCCACACGCACGAAAUACCAUGGCUGCUUCCACAUGUCCCGCCCACCGAUCGCCCAGUGCGUAUCGCCCUCGUCAUGACCGCCAGUUUCUGUGCCGGGAAGCUUGCCCGCUUGAAUGUAUACUGGGAUCAGGCCAGCGUGCUGCUCCAGAUUGGCUUGAGGACCGUGGAAAGGUUACCGGUUGUUGGGGGGGAAGGGGUCGAGAGGGUUUUGUCGUAA